AUGUGGCGAGGGGCUCGCUGCCUGCGGGCGCUGCUGGGGGGGCGAGCGGGGCUGUGCGCUGUGAAUCCGGCGCCGCCGCCGCCGCCCCCUCUCGUCUGCAGGCUGGCCUCGGUGGCGCAGCGGAGAGCCAGCGGCCUGGGUCGCUCCGAGCCGCGAGGCGCCGAGGCGGCGGUGGGAGCCGAGCCCGGGCAAGAAGAGGAGGCGGUGGGGCAGGAACCGCACGCGGGCCCAGAUACCGGCAGGGACCCUUCCGAUCAUGCAAUUUCAACAUUCAGCAUUGACCAUAUGGUUUCACUGCUAAGACAAGAAAAUGCCAAAGACAUCUGUGUUGUUCAGCUGCCUCCAGAAAUGAAAUACAGCGAUUACUUUAUAAUUGCCAGUGGAUCUUCUGCACGGCAUCUGCAUGCCAUGGCUCAGUACUUCAUAAAAGUGUAUAAACAUCUGAAGACUGAUUCUGAACCUCAUGUCCUAAUUGAAGGAAGAGAGACUGAUAACUGGUUGUGCAUAGAUUUUGGCAAUAUUGUGGUUCAUUUUAUGUUACCAGAGACACGUGAAAUUUACGAGUUGGAAAAGUUGUGGACGCUUCGAUCUUAUGAUGAUCAAUUAGCACAGAUGGUUCCAGAAGCCUUACCCGACGACUUCAUAUUUGGACUGCCGUGUGAACAGUAA